AUGAAGGGGGGAAGCAAGCAGAUGGAGAAGGGAGGGAAGAAGCUGGAGGACAGCGAACGCGUGAUUGCGGGCGGAGAAAGAGCUAGGCCAAACCUGAAGGAAAAAGGGAGAGCCAGCAGGACAACGCACCUCAACCGAGCGCACUUCCACCCACCUCGCUUCGCUUCCUCCUCCUCCGCCUCUUCCGCCUCCUCCGCCUGUUCCGCCUCUUCCUCUUCUUCGUCUACUUCGUCUUUCUCCUCUCCCGCUGCUUCGCGUCGGCCGUCUGUCGCCUCCGCCUCCUCUGCUGCGGUGGACGAUCGAGGUCACCCAGUGCGAGAAGGCCUGCGCGUCGCCUCCCCGUCUGGCGGGCUCCCGCUGCACUCGGAGCGCGAAGACACGCGCGUGCGCUCUCCGGUGUCUCCGAGCGUGGAGAAAACGGCGAGUCGCUGUCGGCGGAGAUCUCUCAAGGCUCUGCUGGCUUCUCCGGAAUUCGCCUUGGAGGAGCUGAGCCGGAGAAAUCGGCUCCCAGAUCGCACGUCCGUCUCGCCCUUUCCUUUCCCGUACCUGAACCUGUCUCCCGCCUUUCCGUCUGCCGAACGAAGCAACGACCCCGCCGCGCGAGGCCGGGAGGACGGGAAAAAAACGUCGCAGUCCGCCGCGCUUCGCAGGGAAACAUGCGAGAGAGACGGCGCGGGGGAGCGAAAGUCAGGCUGGUGGGCGUGGGUGAAGCGCCGCUUCGCGCCGGGAGCGCACCCCGCGAAGCGAGAAACUCAAGACGGGGAUGGCGCCGACGGCGAGGCAGAGGGGACGAACGAGAGCAGCCCGCGAGCAAGCGCGGGCGAACGUGUGGUGCGAGAACGGGAAGGAGAAGGCGGUUUUCCAACGAUGGGUCACCCCGAUUCGGCAGAGCCGCUCAGCCCAGCUGCGCCUGCCGACUCUGACUCUCGAGGCCGAGCCGCGGCGUUUCUCUCUGCAGCCCUCCCGUCCUUCUCGCCUCAGCCUCCGCGCGCCGCGCUUCGCCUGUGCAUCUUGGUGUGGGCGGAUCGCCGGGUGUAUCGAGGCGAAACGUUCGCGUCCUCCGUUCGGCACGGCUGUGGGUACACUCUGUACGGCGGCGGGGCGACGGGUGCGUCUGCCUCGCUCGCGGAAAAGAGGGUCAGUUGCCUGAACCGCGCGACUCUUUUCUCCCAGCCGCGCUCGCAGUUCCCCCUCCAGUCGGCCUUCCUCUCGUUCAACGACUGGAGCGCACUGGCGCUGCUUAAGGGCGUCGCGGGGACGCGCGACGUGCCCACGGUGUACAGACAGACGACGCCGGCUGCGCAGGCAGACUCGCUGCUCGCAUCUGCGCAGAACGGCCUGUUUCCCCAAACCGCCGAUCUCUCUUCCCGCCUGCGCCUCGUGGACGGGAAAGGAGGAACCGGCGGCGCGCGCGGCUGGAGGCUCGCCGGCCUGGAGACGCGGGGACAGCCGCGGGGACGAGCGGCGCCCAACGCAGAAUCCCCCUCGCGUCGUCGCCGCGGGCCCCGCAGAGACAGCGAAGACAGCGCCGGCGAGGCGCGAGACGCAGACGAAAAGCUGGCCGCGGCCCUCGCAGUUCUCGCGUGCGCCUCGCCGAGGAUUGCAGCCGGGUACUGCGGCCACUGGGAGAAAGACCAGCGCUCAGGCUGGGGCGUGUUUGUGCGCGGGAACUCGGGACUCAAGUACGAGGGCUUCUGGAGAAACGACUGCCGGGAGGGGUUGGGUGUACAGACGCUGGCCCAAGGCGUGCGAUUUGUGGGCUGUUUUCGUCGUGGCGUCCGGCACGGCAAAGGCGUGCUCUUCCAACCCAACGGAAGCCUGUACGCGGGCGAGUGGGAAAACGGAUACGUCGUGAAGCAAGAACUCCUGUUCUUCGGCGCGUUCGUCGAGCGAGACGCUGCACGCGUGGAAACGUCUGCCAGGGAAGCGCGCCGCGAGGGGAAAGACGAGGCACGCGGGCCGAAACGCGCAGAGGAGGAGACGGCGGGAGGCAACACAGAGAAAAAAGAUGAGAAGGGACAAACGUAUGUGGGGUCUUCCUCUUGGAGACGCGCAGAGGAACAGGCGAUCGAUGCCUCAAAGGUCGACUCUGCCCCUGGCGGGUCUAAGUCGCAAGAGAUCGGCCUGUCGUGGCGAUUUUCCCAGACAGAGAAAGAGAGAAAAGGACACACGCGGGCGGGGUCCUCGCGCUCUCGCGCGCAAGGUACAGGUGUAGAGGAAGCAGAGACAAGUGGAGACAGGAACCACGUGCGGGGACGCGUCACGAGAAGAACAUGUUCCCCGACCUCCUCACCCGUUAUCGACAGUAGCGACCUGCCCUCGAGCGUGGACGAGGCGGAAGAGAGAGACGGAGACAGCGCAGGCGAGCGACGGCUCACCUUCAGGAGAGAAAAGAAAGACCGACGGAGUGGAAGUCGAGCAGAGACCAGUGGCGCACGCCAGCGGCCCCGGUCUCUGCUUUCGUGUGUGCAGCUGAGCGUGAAGAACACCGUCAGAUACGACUCGCCAGGGGCGCGAGAAGAAGAGCGAAAGAGAAGGCGACGGAGGCGAAGAAGAACGGGAAGCGGCAGCGGAAUGGCUUCUCCGUGUCGGUGUGAGACCUCAGAGGGUCGCAACGAGGACUUCGCGGAGAUUCGACUGAAGGAAGGAACACCCCGACUUGAAACGCAGCAGCCGUUUGCCUCUUCUUCCUCCUCUUCGCCACCGCUGCAAUCUCCGCGAAGCGGCGGUGAGGCAGCGGAUGACGUGUCCGCCUCUCAAGCGACGGUAGAGCUGAGUCCAGCACCGACCGGCGCGGAACGCGGCGGGAGGCGUGAGGAAGGCAGUCGGAAGGCCAAGGCGGCCCCAGUGACGCAGGUUGAAGUGGACGGAGAGCAAAGAGAAAGGCCUCGGAGAGGCCCCGGCGAAGACGAGGGAGAAGGGCGAUCGCGACGCGUCGCUCUCCAGGCGGCGUCGGCAGAGCCGUCCUUGGACGGCCCGGCCCAAAGUCCGCGUGCAAAGCAAGAAGAGAGGAAGAAGAUGUUUGUGGAUUUUCAGCGGCAGAUGAACGAAGCUCGGCGAUUCUCCUCGGCCGCCGCAUGUGAAGAGUGGGGCACGAGCGAAGUGGCGCAUUUCUUUGCGUGUCAGGGGUUCCCGCUCUCUCUCCGGGAAAUUCUGAUCGCUCAGGACAUCGACGGCUCGGCCCUUCUCCAGGUACAAGAAGAAGACUUGGAGGAAAUGGGCGUGCACGCGUGGGAAGACCGCCGCCUCGUGCUCCUCGUCGCCGGGAUCCUGCACAAAUUGAAGCGCCGGCACUCGCAGCGGACGCUCUACAUGUCGCCUGAGCAGCUCCAGCAGGCUCAAGAGGUCGUGGCGACUCUCGAGAUUCCAGCUGCGGAGGUCAGUCUCGAGGGCCGAGUCGGCGAAGGCGGCUACAGCCGGGUGUACCGAGCAAGGUGGCGGUACACCCGGUCGCUCGAGUUGGAGCAACAGAGGCAGGCGCUUUUGCAGUACCGCCAAGACGUCCACAACUACUACGCCUGGGUCCACCAGUUCUCCUCCCAGAGCCCCGCUCUGCAGUCUUCGAACAGCGCACAGAACCCAGAAACGCGACACACGUGCAGGCCUUCCUCCAGACUCCCCGCAGCCCGCCUGUGCUCUGCCUCUUCUGCGUCUCCUCUUUCAGUCGCGGACCCAGUGACGACGGAGACGCCGCAGUCCCGUCUCUCUCCGUGGCCCCAGGGAGGAGGCGGUCACCGGUCGCCUCCGGGGCGUUCGUUUGCGGAAGAUUCUGCGUGCCCAGGAGGCUCUCCGCGGGCGCCUCAGCGGUGUGGAUCCGAGCUGCAGGCCGGUCCCUGGAGCCUCGCCCCCGUGUCGCACCCCCUCCGGCGAUGCCCGGGUCCGGCUCUUCACCCGAGCGCGGGCGUCCAGCCUUCGGUCUACGGGCCUGUCCCCUUUCCGGAGCCUGUCCCCUUUCCGGGGACUUCCUCAGCCUUUGUCUCGUCCACGUCGCCGCACCUGCCGGCUGGUCCCCACCUCGUCCCGCCGCCUCUUCCUCUCCCGCUCUUCCCUGCGCCAGGCGCAGCGCGCUCAGGCCCUGCCUUCCCCGGAGACAUGUGCGUGGCGGUCAAGGUAUUUCGCCAGCGCGAACUGCGCGCCUUGCAGCGGAGUUUCUUCUCCGAGCUGUCUGUGCUCUGCCGCCUGACGCACCCGAACAUCGCGAUGCUCCUGGGCGUCGUCUCCGCGCCGCUGUACGGGCUCGUCACGGAGUACGUGCCUGCGGGGUCGCUCUUCGACAUGCUCCACGUGCGGCGCAUCCCCCUCUCGUUCACGCAAGUCGUCCGCUUCGGAAGAGACAUCUGCCACGGCAUGCGCUACCUCCACGAGCAAGGCGUCCUGCACUGCGACUUAAAGAGCCCGAAUGUGCUCCUCGGGAAACGCGGAGAGAUCAAGCUGUGCGACUUCGGCCUCGCCACCCUCAUCGACGCGGCGCCCGACGCCGACGCCCAGACCCGCGGACGCCGAGGUCCCCUGGAGCGCGGCGAGCGCGAGCGUCGCGGAGGCAGAGACGCGAACCUGGGGAGUGGAGAAGACAAACCGAGCGGGAGGUCGCAGCUCCAAGAGGCGCACCUCGGAUGCGUCGGGACCCACCACUGGAUGGCCCCUGAAGUCCUUCGCGGAGAGCCUUUCACCGCCGCUGCGGAUGUCUACUCGUUUGGCAUGGUCCUCUGGGAGAUGCUCGCGAGAAAAAUUCCCUUCGAAGGUAUGAACAGCCCAGCGCACAUUAUCACAGCUGUGGGGUAUGGCGGGGCCGCUCCGGUUUUGUCUCCGUCGCCGCCGCCGCUGAGAGAGAUCGUGGCAAGGUGCUUAAGUCACUCCCCGCAGAAUCGCCCCUCUUUCGCCUGGUGUGCUCAACAGCUGCAAGCCUUGCAUGCGGCAAACACCCUCGACGUGGAGAUGAAUCUGAACACACUGCUCGGACUCGAGUGA